ACACCUAUAAAAGAAAGGGACCAAGAUUUAUCAAGUCAAUUCAAGAAUAUAAGGGGGUCAAUUGGCAAUAUUCAAGAUGCAUAUAACAUUGGUCAAGAUAUAUUUGGUUUUGGCAAGUUUGUUUGCUUGUGCAAUUGCUGGAUUAACCAAUUCAGAAAUGUUGGACUUGGCUAAGACUCUGUCCAAAAAUAUAAUUACCAUUAAUGAUAAAAAUUAUGAAGAUUUAUUAUAUGGAGUUAGAGAUUUCCAUUUGGUUAUCUUGAUGACAUCUGAAUCUACGCAAAUCAAUUGUGUUUUGUGUAGAGAAUUCAGACCUGAUUUUGAACUUAUAGCCAAAUCAUGGUAUCAAGACCAUCCAUAUGGUUUAAAUGAAGUUGAAUUAGAUGAAGAAUAUGAAGAAUCUGGAAUUGCUAAAAAGAAUGUUUACUUUGGUCGUUCUGAAUAUACUGAAUCCCGUAAUUUAUUCCAAAUCUUUAGUUUGGCUUCAAUUCCAAAAGUGUUCCAUUUUGCUCCAACUGAAGAUACUGGAGUUCAUAAUUUAGUUGCUCAACUGUCAGAAUAUCAAUUCUUCCAAGGUGAACAAUUAGAUUUAGUUAGAAAUUUCUUAAAUCAAAAGACAGGUCAUCAAUACAAUAUUCACGUUCCAGUUAAUUACACAGUGAUAGGAUUAAAUGUUGCUCUUACUAUCAUUGGAUUAUUCAUUAUUUACAAAUUUAAUGCUCAAAUAGUGAAAUUCUUAAGUUCUCCAACUUUAUGGAUGUUAGUUUCAUCAGCUUUAAUCUUAAUGUUUAUUUCAGGUUAUAUGUUCAAUCAAAUUAGACAAACUCCUUACUUAAGAGAACAAAAUGGUCAAACUCAAUACUUCAGUCAAGGACAACAAACUCAAUUUGGUAUUGAAACUCAAAUUGUUGCUUUCAUUUAUGGUUUCAUGAGUAUUCUUGUCAUCGUUUUAAUCAAGAGAGUACCGGAUAUUUCCAACUCAUUUGUCAAUUUUAUUGCUGUUUCCAUCAUCAGUAUUUUGAUAUUUGUCUUCUACAGUUUAUUCCUCUCUGUUUUUGGACUGAAAGGAUUAGGAUAUCCAUAUCAAUUCAUGAAAUUAUUUUAAACAAUAAACUCCGUAAAUUUUUGUUCUAUAUAC